ACGCGAAUCAGGUUAUGGUCGUCGGUUCGACUCGACCAACGUCAAAUCAAUUUGCAACAGAUUGCCCUUUAUAUGGGAAGGCAGGGGAUUCUCGUUGAACAAACUUGAUAAAGUGUUUGCUUGCCAGUGGCUCUCAAAUGAUCAAGUCAUUUUGGGGUCAAAAUGCAACCAUCUUGCGCUUCUUAAUUGUCUUACAAGAGAACUACAGUUUAUUCCCUUGCUAGAAGAAACGGGCGCAAUUCACAAUUCAGAGCCCAAAUGUGCCUCAGGCAUUCAUGCUAUCCAGUUGAAUCCAUCACAAACAUUUUUGGCUACCGGAGGCAAAAACAUUACAACAGUUGGAGUUUACAGUUUGCCAGAACUUUCCCCGUUUUGUAUUUUUCAGGCCAUUAGCACGCCUAUGACCAGCGUUGUAUCCGAACUUCCGGACGACCGAUUCCGCGCUUUGGAGUACUUGCCCUCAAGGAACAUGUUUGCCCUUGUGUCGAUGUCUAGGCAUUUUUACCUCUACGAUGCAGAAAGACUUUUCGGUGGUGACUCCCAGCGGCCAUUUCAUACUAUUUUUCUGCGCUACUCUGACAGGGUAAUUGUAGAUUUUUAA